CUCUUCGAGAUCUCGCCCGGCAUGUUGUAAGCAGCUUUUCAAUCAAGACCCAGUUUAGGCCCAAGCCAUGUCGCCGGGCUCCAGGUCUCCGCCGAGAAAGGAAAAGAGAAGUAAGAAGAAGAAAAGGGAGAAGGAAAAUAAUGGAAAAGGUCGGAGCCCCGAGCUAUCCAGCAACUCUGACAGCGAGCGAAGGAAGUCGCGAGAUGGAAGGUGGAGGCAGCGCCACAGGAGCAGGUCCACCUCAGAGAGUCCGGAACGCACCAGCCACCGGAGGGGCUCCAGCGAUGAAGGGCGCGCAAAGAGGAGACACCGGUCCGGGUCCAGGAGCGACGCGAGUCGCAUGAAAAGGGACCACCGGCCCAGGAGCAGGUCCAUCUCAGAGAGCCCGGAACGCACCAGCCACCGGAGGGGCUCCAGCGAUGAAGGGCGCGCAAAGAGGAGACACCGGUCCGGGUCCAGGAGCGACGCGAGUCGCAUGAAAAGGGACCACCGGCCCAGGAGCAGGUCCAUCUCAGAGAGCCCGGAACGCACCAGCCACCGGAGGGGCUCGAGCGAUGAAGGACGCGCAAAGAGGAGACACCGGUCCGGGUCCAGGAGCGACGCGAGUCGCACGAAAAGGGACCACCGGCCCAGGCUCCGGUCCAGGAGCAGCAGUGACCGUAGUUCAGAGAGGAUGAGGUCGCGGGCACGGUCUAGCAGUCAGGAUAGUUCGGUACACGGGCGAAGAAGAGGAAGCCGCGGGAGAUCUAGGUCUGAUUCUGCUAAAAGAAAGCAUAGGAAGCAUAGGGCCAGGAGCACAGACAAAGAACCAAAAAGGCACAAGAAUCGCUCUUCAUCAGAGUCCGAUAAUGAAGGCAGUAAAAAGAGACACAAAAAAUCCCGCAAGAGUCGGUCCGGGACGAGGUGUUCUGUGUCUUCUGUCUCCUCUCUAUCACCAGCAAGGUCUCAGAGCCCAGUUGGGCAGAGUGAACGGGGACUGACCCUCCAGGAACGUUUGCAGCUAAAAGAGGAGAAGAAGAAGAAAGAGGAAAUGAUGAAGGCCAUGGAGACACCAGAGGAAAAACGGGCCAGACGUUUGGCAAAAAAGGAGGCAAAAGAGAGGAAGAAAAGAGAGAAGAUGGGGUGGGGUGAAGAGUAUAUGGGAUACACGAAUACAGACAACCCAUUUGGUGAUAAUAACCUUCUGGGCACCUUUAUCUGGAACAAGGCACUGGAGAAGAAAGGAAUUGGCCACCUUGCAGAAAAAGAUUUGAAAGAGCGGAACAAGUCAAUUCAAGAAGACAAUCGCUUGGAACUGCAGAAGGUCAAACAACUUCGUCUGGAGCGCGAGCGAGAGAAGGCAAUGAGAGAGCAGGAACUGGAGAUGUUGCAGCGUGAAAAGGAGGCAGAACACUUUAAGACAUGGGAAGAACAGGAAGACAAUUUCCAUCUACAACAAGCCAAGCUUCGGUCCACAAUCCGUAUCCGGGAUGCUCGUGCUAAGCCCAUUGAUCUUUUGGGAAAAUAUAUCAGUGCCGAGGAUGAUGAUCUAGCUGUAGAAAUGCACGAGCCUUAUACAUUUCUGACUGGGCUCACAUUGUCUGACUUAGAAGACUUGCUGGAAGAUAUUCAGAUCUAUAUGGAAUUGGAGCAAGGGAAGAAUGUGGAUUUUUGGAGAGAUAUGACAAUCAUAACUGAAGAUGAAAUCUCCAAAUUGCGCAAGCUGGAAACUUCUGGCAAGGGGCCAGGUGAAAGGCGAGAAGGGGUUAACGCAUCAGUAACGGCUGAUGUGCAGUCAGUGUUCAAAGGGAAGACCUACAAUCAACUGCAAAUCAUUUCUCACGGAAUUGAGAAUAAGAUUAGAGCAGGAGGACCAAACUUGGAUAUUGGGUAUUGGGAGAGUCUCUUGCAGCAGCUUCGGGCAUACAUGGCCAGAGCCAGACUUAGAGAGCGGCAUCAGGAUGUCUUGCGGCAAAAACUGUUCAAAUUGAAGCAGGAGCAAGGUGUGGAAAGUGAGCCUCUCUUCCCCAUCGUAAAGCAGGAAUCAGAGUCCCCCAGUAACAGACGAUCCCAGGAGGAGUCUACGACAGAUCAGCCUGGCCCAUCCUCUGUCACCACACCACCAGAGGAAUCUGGUGACGCGCCACCAGAAGAAGCCAAAGGUGAAGGUGGGGAGUCUGUGCUAAUGGAAGAAGAUCUCAUCCAACAAAGCCUCAAUGAUUAUGAUGCAGGCAAAUACAGUCCUAAGCUGCUUACCAACCAGGAGUUGCCCUUUGAUGCGCAUGUAGUGGAUUUUGAAGAAGACCAACAGAGGCUUGUGUUAUGCAGGCAGCAGUUACAGGUCACAGGUGAUGCCAGUGAGAGCCCGGAAGACAUCUUUAUCAGAAAAGCAAAGGAAGGCAUGGAGGGGGAUGAAGCUCAGUUUAGCGUGGAGAUCCCUGUUACUAGCAAAGCAUAUCUGUGGGCAGACAAAUACAGGCCUCGGAAACCUCGCUUCUUUAACAGAGUUCACACAGGUUUUGAGUGGAACAAAUACAACCAAACCCACUAUGACUUUGACAACCCUCCACCAAAGAUUGUGCAGGGUUAUAAAUUCAACAUUUUCUAUCCAGAUUUAAUUGACAAACGAUCGACUCCAGAGUAUUUCUUGGAGGCCUGUCAUGAUAACAGGGACUUUGCCAUUCUGCGCUUCCAUGCGGGGCCUCCAUAUGAAGAUAUUGCUUUCAAGAUUGUCAAUCGUGAGUGGGAGUAUUCUCACAGACAUGGCUUCCGCUGCCAGUUCUCCAAUGGUAUAUUCCAACUGUGGUUCCACUUCAAACGAUAUCGCUACAGAAGAUGAACCACCUUGGAGGGAGAUCAGACUUUUUUUUUAUUUAAUAAUUUUUUAAUACUAAUUAACAGGAAAGUGGAGAUUCGAGGAAGAUAGCUUUGUCUUCAAAACUGUAUUGUUUAAUUCUAGGUGAGGUUUCCAAAGACAUGCUCUGCAAGUAUCUUUUGUACAAAUAAAGAUUUGAAAUAUUUUGAAAA